AUGCUGGCCCUCCUCAGAGACGACCUUGCGUCGCAAAUCGUUGCGAACUACGAACACGACCUUCAGACAGUAUAUGCAGAUUUCACUAGGAAAUGGAUCGAAACCAUGGAUGAUUUGAAUCUUCUCGGUCAUUGCGAUGGCUAUGGCGAUCAUUACCAACGUAAAGAAGCGCUGGAUUGUUCGUGGGUUGUCAAUCUGUCGAAAGAGAUCAAGCAGCUGACAAGCAACUACCACUGUCGUUAUCGCGCGAACGGAGACAUGAAAGCGUGCUAUUGCUUUCAAGAUACCGACCUCAUCGUACGCGGUGUGAUUGUCGACAAGAUCGAUGGGUUCAGUGGGCGGCGUCAUUGGAAUGAUGAUUCCGGUGAGCUUGUAGAUUUCUUAGGACCAGAGUCCCAUGGAAACCCGUAUGGAGCAGACGCAGACCAUGAAGAAGCUAUCUGGAGGGCUUUGGUAGGCGACCGAAAUUAUGAAGGCGACCGAGCACCUCGAAAGUAUGCUUGCGUACUUGAUAUCGCUAUCCUCGACACAUCAUGUCUAUCAUCCGAUCCUACCAGUAACAGAACCAUUGAUGAGGUUCAAUACAAUCUUCAUCUCUGGCGGAUAAGGAACGCAAAGAUGAAAAUCAAAGGCAAACCACUGUCAUCAUAUCUCGGGAGCAUGGGUAUCUUACAAAAGGACCCGACGACAUACAAUGAAGCUGCAGGGCGGGUUGACAGGUUUCUGUGGAACAGACGAUUGGUUUCAACCGCUUCGGGUUACGUUGGAAUAAGGCCUCAUUUUAUUCAGAAAGGCGAUAUCAUAGCAGUCAUCGGAGGCUGCGCUGUGCCUCUUAUUCAGCGACCACGGUGGCAGCAAAAGCCAGGACGUCUCAAAUACGAGAUACUUGGCGAGUGUUUCGUUUAUGGGAUCAUGGAUGGGGAGAUUGAACAGAGCGUGAGGGAAGAAAGACAUGCUCUUGUUGAUAUCAUGAUUUCGUAG